AUGGGAGUCUAAAGAGAAAGGCAGCGGGGGUGGAGAAGAAUUAUAAGUCAGGCAAAAUCCAUAGGCAGCCGGAAGGGGCGGGGCUGAAGGCCAGGGCCUGCAUCCCUCGGCCUGAGGAGCUUGAAGCUCCUAGGCUGGGGGUGAGAGUGGGGCUCCGGUCUGCGAAGCGCGCGGGCAGGUGGCACUGGCGGGGGUAUUGAGGAGGCCUCCUAGAUGUGUGGAGCUGUCCCUGGAGCUGUAGCCCUUCACCACCAUCUCUACCUCCUUCCAUCUGAAGGAUCCUGAAAUCUCUGUCAUGGAGAAGUACCACGUGUUGGAGAUGAUCGGAGAAGGCUCUUUUGGGAGGGUGUACAAGGGUCGAAGAAAAUACAGUGCUCAGGUGGUGGCCCUGAAGUUCAUUCCAAAACUGGGACGUUCAGAGAAGGAGCUGAGGAAUCUGCAACGAGAGAUUGAAAUCAUGCGGGGUCUGCGGCAUCCCAACAUUGUGCAUAUGCUUGACAGCUUUGAAACUGACAAAGAGGUGGUGGUGGUGACAGACUAUGCUGAGGGAGAGCUCUUUCAGAUCUUGGAAGAUGAUGGAAAACUUCCAGAAGACCAGGUUCAGGCCAUUGCUGCCCAGUUGGUGUCCGCUCUGUACUAUCUGCAUUCCCACCGCAUUCUCCACCGUGACAUGAAACCUCAGAACAUCCUCCUUGCCAAGGGUGGUGGCAUCAAGCUCUGUGACUUUGGAUUUGCCAGGGCAAUGAGCACCAACACGAUGGUGCUGACAUCCAUCAAAGGCACACCACUUUAUAUGUCUCCAGAGCUGGUGGAAGAGCGACCGUAUGACCACACUGCAGACCUCUGGUCUGUGGGCUGCAUACUGUAUGAGCUGGCUGUGGGCACCCCUCCCUUCUACACUACCAGCAUCUUUCAGUUGGUCAGCCUCAUUCUCAAGGACCCUGUGCGCUGGCCGACCACCAUUAGUCCUUGCUUCAAGAACUUCCUGCAGGGACUGCUCACCAAGGACCCUAGGCAGCGUCUGUCCUGGCCAGAUCUCUUACAUCACCCCUUUAUAGCUGGUUGUGUCACCAUAAUAACUGAACCAGCAGGCCCAGAUUUGGGUACCCCAUUCACCAGUCGCCUACCCCCAGAACUUCAGGUCCUAAAGGACCAACAGGCACACCAGCUGGCCCCCAAGGGCAAUCGUUCUCGAAUCUUGCGACAAGCCUGUAAACACAUGGCUGAGGAGGCCAAGCAGAAGAAACACCGGAACACAGGACCUGCCCUUGAGCAAGAGGACAGGACCAGCAAGAUGGCUUCUGGCACAGCCCCUCUGCCCAGACCAAGAGCCACUCCUCAGGAACCAGGCCUCUUGGCUGGGAUCUUGGCCUCAGAAAUGAAGAACAGCUGGGCUGAGUGGGGGGCUGGAGAGACCCCCCCUGUACCUCGGGAAAACCAGAUCAGCCAGGAUUCUGAACCAGCUCUCCUAGAGCUGAGGCCAGAGGUGGUGAGCCAGCAGAGCAUUGAUGCAGUGGACCUAGAAAAUGAGGAGCCCGACAGCGAUGAUGAGUGGCAGCACCUGCUAGAGACCGCUGACCCUGUGCCUGUCCAGCUGAAGGCCCCCCUCACUCUGCUGUGCAAUCCUGACUUCUGCCAGCGCAUCCAGGGUCAGCUGCGCGAGGCAGGAGGGCAGAUCCUGAAAGGCAUGCUGGAGGGUGCUUCCCACAUCCUUCCUGCACUCCGGGUCUUGAGCAGUCUUCUGUCCAGCUGCAGCGACUCUGUUCUCUUGUACUCCUUCUGUCGUGAGGCAGGGCUCCCCGGGCUGCUGCUCAGCCUGCUCAGACACAGCCAGGACAGCAACAGUAUCCAGCAGCAAUGUUGGUAUGGGACCUUCUUACGGCACCUGAUGGCUGUGAUUCAGGCCUAUUUUGCCUGCACCUUCAAUCUGGAGAGGAGCCAGACAGGUGACAGCCUACAGGUGUUUCAGGAGGCCGCCAACCUCUUUUUGGACCUGUUGGGGAAACUGCUGGCCCAACCAGAUGACUCUGAGCAGACUCUAAGGAGGGAUAGCCUUAUGUGCUUUACUGUUCUGUGUGAAGCCAUGGAUGGGAACAGCCGGACCAUCUCCAAAGCCUUUUACUCCAGCCUGCUGACUACCCAGCGGGCUGUGCUGGAUGGGCUCCUUCGUGGCCUGACAGUUCCCCAGCUCCCUUUCCACACACCCCCAGGAGCCCCCCAAGUGAGCCAGCCACUACGGGAGCAGAGUGAUGACCUGCCUGGAGCCAUGUCCUCUGCACUGGCAGCCAUAUGCACUGCUCCUGUGGGGCUGCCCAGCUGCUGGGAAGCCAAGGAGCAGAUCUCUCAGCAUUUGGCGAAUCAGCUCACCGAGGACAACAACCAACUGAGACCGUCCCUUAUCUCUGGCUUGCGGCAUCCCAUCCUGUGCCUACACAUUCUCAAGGUUCUCUACUCAUGCUGCCAUGUCAGUGAGCGCCUGUGCCAUCUGCUAGGGCAAGAGCCCCUGGCCUUGGAGUCACUGUUGAUGCUGGUCCAGGGCAAGGUAAAGGUAGUAGAUUGGGAAGAGUCUACUGAGGUGGCACUCUACCUCCUCUCCCUUCUUGUCCUUCGGCUGCAAGAUCUGCCGUCUGGAAUGGAGAAGCUAGGCAAUGAGAUUGCUACUCUCUUUACCCAUUCACACGUUGUCUCUCUCGUGAGUGCAGCAGCCUGCCUGUUGGGUCAACUUGGUCAGCAAGGGGUGACCUUUGACCUCCAGCCUGUGGAGUGGAUUGCUGCAGCCUCACACGCUCUGUCUGCCCCUGCAGAGGUCCGGCUGACUCCACCAGGUGGCUGUGGAUUCUAUGACGGCCUCCUCAUCCUGCUGCUGCAGCUUCUCACCCAGCCACGGAAGGGUAGCCCAAUAAGGGACGUGGCUAGCUCAGAAAUGUGGACCAUUCUAUGGCACCGCUUCUCCAUGGCUCUAAGGCUCCCCGAGGAGAUGUCUCCACAGGAAUCACAGCCAUCACAAAGCCCAGAGCCAGACUGGACGCUGAUCUCACCCCAAGGCAUGGCAGCCCUGCUGAGCCUGGCCGUGGCCACCUUCACCCAGGAGCCCCAGUUAUGCCUGAGCCACCUGUCUCAACGUGGAAGUAUCCUCAUGACCACCCUGAAGCACCUGCUUUCCCCCCGAUUCCUGCGUCAGCUGGGCCGGGCGCCUCACGGGUCUGGGUUUCUGCCCGUCGUGGUGCUCUCUGUCUGCCAGCUCCUCUGCUUCCCCUUCGCCCUGGAUGUGGAUGCCGACCUCCUUGGAGGUGUGUUAGCUGACUUCGUGGACUCAGAAGUCACAGCCUGCCUGCUGCAGGUCUGCUGCCACCAUCUUCCGUUGACGCAAGUUGAGUUGCCUGUCAGCCUCCUCACACACCUGGCCCUCACGGAUUCCACCUCUCUCAACCAGUUUGUGAACACAGUGGCUGCCUCCCCUAGAACCAUCAUCUCCUUCCUCUCAGUUGCCCUCUUGGGUGACCAGCCGCUGCUGACCUCUGACAUUCUCUCCUUGCUGGCCCACACAGCCCGAGUACUGUCCCCCAGCCACUUGUCCUUCAUCCAAGAACUCCUGGCUGGCCCUGAUGAAUCCUAUCGGCCCCUGCGCAGCCUCCUGGGCCACCCAGAGAAUUCUGUGCGGGCCCGCACUUAUGGGCUCCUGGGCCACCUGCUGCAAUACAGCAUGGCUGUGCGUGGGGCACUGCAGAGCCAGGCUGGGCUGCUCAACCUUCUGCUGCUGGGGCUUAGAGACAAGGACCCUGCCGUGCGGCGCGGUGCCAGCUUUGCCGUGGGCAACGCAGCCUACCAAGCUGGUCCCCUGGGACCUGCCUUGGCAGCCGCGAUACCCAGUGUGACCCAGCUACUUGGAGAUCCUCAGGCUGGUAUCCGGCGCAAUGCCGCGUCAGCUCUGGGCAACUUGGGCCCUGAGGGGUUGGGGGAGGAGCUGUUACAGUGCCAAGUACCCCAGCGGCUCCUAGAGAUGGCCUGUGGAGACCCCCAGCUAAACGUGAAGGAGGCCGCCCUCAUUGCCCUCCGGAGCCUCCGACAGGAGCCCUGCAUCCAUCAGGUGCUGGUGUCCCUGGGGGCCAGUGAGCGCUUAGCCAUGCUCUCUCUGGGGAAUCAGCUCCUGCCGCAUAGCAGCCCCAGGCCUGCCUCUGCCAAACACUGCAGGAAACUCAUUCACCUCCUGAAGCCAACCCACAGCACGUGAUCUCAGAUUCCUACGGUCCAUCCACCCACUUUCGUUACCCCUCUAUUGCCAACCUUUUUCUACUAUUCAAGCCACCAACUCAACCAAGAACUAAAAAGAGACUAAAAAAAGAGAUAAGCUACAAGUCAAAUGAUUUAAGAACGAGAAACUAGAAGAGAUUUAUGUAUAAAGCUCCCUCCUUUCCCCAGAUUCAGGAUGAUUUCAAUCAGUAAACUUCAUUGCUGUUGGUGCCAGA